CCCGUCUCUGCGCUUGGACACUGCUCUGCGCUUGGUUCUUUCACUGCCUAUAUAAUCCACUUGGCACUGCUCUUCACCACUACAACCACAAUGGUCGUCCUGCACUCUGUCCUCGCCCCGGCCCUGCCCAUCAAGGCCGCCUCGCCCAUCCACCCAGCCUCGCUCGUCCCCGCCGCCACCCACUCCGACGAGCUGCUCUCCCUCCUCAGCCUGCACCCCGCCUCCUCCCACCUCAUUGACCACCUAGUGGCGCUCACCACGGACACUGUCACCUUUGCGCUCAGCCGCGCCCUGACCAACCCCGCCGCCGCCACCUUUCCCACCUUCGUCAAGCAGGUCAUCCACCGCGCGAGCCUCGCCACCCCCGUCCUCCUCUCCGCCAUGGUCUACAUCGCCCGCGCCAAAAAGUACCUCAGCAUCGCGCACGAGGAGUGGGCCCUCGAGCGCGUCUUCCUCGGCGCCGUCGUCGUCGCCUCAAAGUACCUGAACGACUCGUGCCUGAAGAACCACCACUGGAGCACCAUCACGCAGACCUUCGGCACGCGCGACAUCGGGCGCAUCGAGCGCGAGUGGUGCGCCGUGCUCGACUUCGAGUUCGCCGUCUCCGAGGGCGACCUCAUGGCCUUCUACCCCGCACUCGCGCCGUACCUGCCCUCCCGCCCCGCCUCCCCCGCCUCCGCCUCCGUGCCAGCCAAAGACAAGAAGACGCGCCGCAAGGAGAGCAGUCCGACGCCGUUCGAGUACGGCGCGUUCGACAUCCUGCCCUCGGACGUGCACUCGCCGAGCAGCGACAGCGAGGGCAGCACGAUGUUCGACGAGGAGGACCGGCGCAGCCCGUACACGCCCAGCACGUCGCCCUUCUCGCCGGGCCACCACAGCAGCCACAGCCACCACGCGCACGCGCAUCAGCACAAGAGGCGGCCGUCCGCGAGCGUGCCCGAGGACGUCGAGAUGCACGACGACGACGCCGAGAGGGCCGAGCAGGAGCGCCGCGGGCGCCCGCGCGAGCAGACCAAGUCCGCGCUCACGCACCGCGCGACGGGCAAGUUCCAGAUCGUCGCGGCCCACCCGCGCGCGCCCUCCGACGCGCCGCAGCGCCAGUCGCACCACUCUAUGGCGAGCCUGCUGAAGGCGUUCCCGAUGCCCCUCCCCGUGCGCAAGGUGUCGGGCCUGCGCCCGCGGAUGCCGGUCAGGGUGUCGUGAUCCCCGCCGCGCACAACGAUCUGUCCGUUGCCUUUGGGAUGUCGGUGUGACCAUGCUGUCCGCGCUCCCGCUUAUACUUGAAGAACGAAGGAAGACGACCGGAGAUGGUCGAGAAGAAGAAGAAGAAGAAGAAGAAGAAGAAGGGCACUUCGUGCCCGAGGAGGAAGAGAAGACCACGCUCACUUCGUUCGCGUUUCGACUACACUACACUACCCGCACCCGCGCCCCGGCGAUGGUCAUGGAUCUACGAGACCUGCGCGCUGGGGCGCGCCCACACACUCGUUGGUUCCUGUUUCAACUCCCCUACGUUCGACAAGCAAAAAUUGUCUGCUGCCGUUGGUUUUCUGGCAGGCCAUGGGCUUUUGACGCAUCCCGUCUCAUCAUUCCUCCUUUGCCUUCUGAGGAGGAAGUCGUUUGGUUUCGUAACUUAUUUAAUGUUCGCCUAGAACACGAAAUAUGUCUGGAUUGGUUCAAUAAAUUAUUACUUUCGUCUCUCUGCUCUUGCGUGCCAGUGCACCUGUCCUCCAUCAACAUUCAAUCACUCGUGCUGCAGGUCGUGCCUUGGCUUAUCCUC